CAAGGUGGUUGGAUUGGAUGCAAGGGUUUUCAUAUAAUGUUGAACGAGCCAAACAAGAAAACACAAACAUGCUUCUCAUGACUCUUGUCUUUCUUUCUUCUCAUUUGUUCACACCACUACUUCUUCGAAGUCUAUUUCUGACCCAUCUGCAUUUUUUCAACACUGACCCCACUCACCCUUUUGAAUCCUUUUCUUUCUACAUAUAUAUGUGAGAAUCCCUCCUUCUCUGGCACAAUGACUAAGUUUCCACAAUAAAAAUUCAUGCUUUAGCUUCAAAUAGCUGGUGUCACUUGUCAGCUUCAAACAGUAUUGCAGAAUUGUGAACAAACAUGGCUGAGUUUGGGAAAGAUGAAGUGCCAAUUCUCUCAGAUACUAUUCCAAAACAAUCAAAUGAACCUGAUGAUUCCAAAUUCCCGAGUCUUGUACCUAGGACGCGAAGUGUUUCGAUUUCCAUUCCAAUGAUACCUAUGGAUCCAUAUGAAAGAGAUACUAAUCUUAGAGGACACACUGGUCCUCUAAGGAGUAAAAGAAAAACACCAUUUAGUCCAAUGAGUGGUCCAUUAUAUGUUACUCAUAGACCCGAAAAUCUUUUCUGGCAGAAUAUGGUCGCGCAGAGGAGCAAUGCAGUGGAAAGUAAGACAGAAAAGUUUCCUUUAUGUAACAUUAUGAGUGGACAUGAUUUGCAGAAUAACUAUGCUGGUAAAAAUGAACAUUUAGUAAGGUCUGGUCCAUUGGGAAUGUGUAAUGAUCCAUACUGUACAACUUGUCCAACUUACUUUAAGGCUACUCAACAAAUGGAUUCGAAAAAUUCGGGUUUGUUCAAUCCUAAGAAUGCCUUCUACGGUGAUGCAAAGGAUUGGGCAAGAAGAAUUUUUGCUUUCUUGAUUCCGAAUGUACCUAGAGUUAUGAAUCCACAUAAUAAACUUGUACAACAAUGGAAUAAAUUUUUUGCAAUUUGUUGCUUGGUGGCAAUUUUUGUGGAUCCAUUAUUUUUCUUCUUGCUGUCUGUGAAUAAGGAACGUAAAUGUAUUGUUAUUGACUCGACUAUCACAACAGUGCUUAUUUUACUUAGAAGUACGAAUGAUUUCAUACAUUUCCUAAAUAUUAUUCUUCAGUUUAGGUUGGCUUAUGUAGCUCCUGAGUCUAGGGUGGUUGGUGCCGGGGAGUUGGUUGACCAUCCUAAGAAAAUUGCUCGUCAUUAUCUCCAGACAUAUUUUCUUUUUGACUUGUUUGUUGUACUUCCACUUCCUCAGAUAAUGAUAUUGUUUUUCCUACCAAAACACUUGGGAACAUCGGGCGCAAAUCAUGCGAAGAAUCUUUUGCGCGGCGCCGUCCUUGCUCAGUACAUGCCCAGAUUGUGUAGAUUUCUUCCUAUGCUAAUUUCUCCGUCAGGGUUCAUAUUUGAGUCAGCAUGGGCAAGUUUCUUCAUAAAUCUUUUUACGUUCAUGCUAUCUGGCCAUGUUGUUGGGUCAUGGUGGUAUCUCUUCGGUUUGCAGAGGGUUAAUCAAUGUCUACGAAGUGCGUGCAAGAAAACAUAUUUUCAUGAAUGCUCAAAAUUCAUUGAUUGUGGACAUGGAGGCAGUGAGUACCAUCAUCAAAAUGAAACAAAUUUGUUUAAUUGGAGGAAAAAUGAGAAUGCGAGCGCUUGUUUUACAGAAGAUUAUUUUGAAUAUGGGAUUUAUCUUAAAGCUGUUAACCUUACUACAAAACAUAAUGUGCUCACAAGAUAUGUAUAUUCAUCAUUUUGGGGAUUUCAGCAAAUUAGCACUCUAGCUGGAAAUUUGUCACCAAGCUAUUUUAUUUGGGAAGUUCUUUUUACUAUGGGAAUUAUUGGAUUAGGACUCUUGCUUUUUGCUCUUCUCAUUGGUAACAUACAAAACUUUCUUCAGGCUCUUGGAAGAAGGAGGCUAGAAAUGUCACUUAGACAACGCGAUGUUGAGCAAUGGAUGAGCCAUAGGCGCUUAGCACAAGACCUGAGAAGGAGAGUGCGACAAGCAGAACGUUAUAAUUGGGCUGCAACGAGAGGAGUGAAUGAAGAAAUACUCAUGGAGAAUUUACCAGAAGAUCUUCAGAGGGACAUCAGACGUCAUCUCUUUAAAUUUGUUAAGAAGGUUCGAAUUUUUUCCUUGAUGGAUGAGCCGAUAUUGGAUGCCAUUUGUGAGAGACUAAGACAAAAAAUAUAUAUCAAAGGAAGCAAAAUUUUGUAUGAUGGUGGCUUGGUAGAGAAAGUGGUUUUUAUUGUUCGCGGAAAAUUGGAAAGUAUUGGUGAAGAUGGAAUUAGAGUUCCUUUAUCGGAGGGCAAUGUUUGUGGUGAAGAACUUCUGACAUGGUGUCUUGAGCAUGCUUCAGGAAACAAAGGUUGUGGAAAAACAAGAAUUCCAAGACAAAGGUUGGUAAUUAGCAAUAGGACAGUAUUGUGCCUAACAAAUGUGGAGGCAUUUUCAAUUAGAGCAGCAGACCUUGAAGAAGUUACAAGUAUUUUUGCAAGAUUCUUGAGGAAUCCUGGUGUUCAAGGAGCCAUAAGCGACGCGGAUUCAGGUUGCAUGGAGAUACAAAAAGAAACGCCUUUGUCGCGCUAACACUUCACAAUCAAAUAAUGAAGCAUCAAAGUUGUAACAUCUGUGUAAGAGAAAUGAUACUUUAAUAUCACAGAUUUGAGGUCAAAUAAAGGCCUUUUGAUUUUUGCCGAUAACUCAGGCCUUUAUUUGACCUCAAAUCUGUGAUAUCAAAGUAUCAUUUCUGUGAUAUCAAAGUAUCACACACAAAGUGGAGGGACUGAGAUCAAAAGAAAUCAUCGUCGCCGAUAACUCUCACACACAAAGUGGUAGGACUGAGACUCGAACUCCAAUCACAGCAUUUGGCUUAACAAUUUCAGCAUUUCUGUCGACAAUGUCUAAUUUUUAUCAAAUUUUUUGAAGCACAAUCUUGAGAAAAGUAAAGCAGUAAUAUCCUAACUAGUCACAUAUAUUAAAUGGCUAAAUUAUAUCAUCAACUAUUCAUAAAAAAAAUGUUUAAAUUUUUAUUAGUUGUGAUGUUGUAUAAUGACUUUUUUUUAAGCUUUAACCACCGGUUUAAUCUGAUUCGGGAGUCAGUUUUGACAUCAAGUGGUUCCAGUAUCUAUUU